AUGCUUGAUUCUGCUCGUCGUUGUAAAGUGGCAACUGUCAAUACCUCUGAAAAGAACGAAGUUUUAGAUAACCCAUCGGCAUUACCACUGAUCAGUACGAAAACUCCUCCUUUAGUUAAUUCUACUCCAUCAUCAUAUUUAAACAAACAGGAAUCUUUGAAUUCAACAGCUAGUGAAAAAGUUUCAUUAAUGAAUGCAUUCGAACAAUCAAAUGUGGUUCAACCACUAUUAACUGAUCUUUAUCAAAUAUCAAUGGCCUAUGCUUAUUGGAAAUCCAACAAACAUCAAGAAAUGGCAACAUUUGAUUUGUAUUUUCGAAAAAAUCCGUUUGGUGGUGAAUACACAUUAUUUGCUGGUCUUGAUGAAUGUCUUAAAUUUAUUCGUGACUACAAGUUUCACGUAACUGAUAUUGAAUAUCUUCGUUCAGUAUUACCUACGUAUACUGAAAAAGAAUAUUUUGAUUAUUUACUUGAUCUUGAUAUGAAUGAUGUUAAAAUAUAUGCUGUACCAGAAGGUGAAUAUUUGUUUUUAAAUUUUCUCACUUCAACAAUACAUGAAAUCAGUUCAGUUUAA